UUUCUCGGCUUCCACGUCGCCCUUCCCUCUCCAUUAGUCCAUCCUCUUUCCACCACGCUGCCCCUUUCCCCUUCCCUCCCCUCCCCUCUCCUCUCUGUUCUUGUUAAUAGCUCUCGUAAUCCUGUCACUAUCACUAGUCCCAACUCCCCACUUCCUCUCGCCGCCUUAAAGAUUUCACCUUUGGAUUUCUGAUCCCGUUAGCUGUCCCUGAUUCUACUUGUAAAAAUCUCGUCUUUGUUGCAGUCCGCAGUACUAGGAAGGAAGAGUUUGUGGAGAGUUUUGUUUUUCUUUUCUCUUUUUUGAUCGGCGAGCCGUCUGCUCGAGAGCGGUUGCUUCUGCUAAAACUCGCGUCUGGGUUGCGUUUUCCGCUCGGCUCCAAUCCAAUUUGUGGCGCCGGGGCGGGAUUCGGCACGGAAAGCACUGCUUUUUGUGCGUUCUUGGAUUCCACGGCAAAUUCCGGUUGCGGAGUCGGCGUCUUGAUGGCAUUCCGGCGGUUGCCAAGAAACCGAGCUGCGGAGAUGGUCGCGGAGGCGCCCAUGGCGGGAGCGCGCGCCAACCUCACCGCGGCGCUGUGCAAGCGGAGCAACCGCGUCUCAAGGGUCCUCGCCUACGCGCUGCUGGAGUGGAUCCUCAUCGCGCUCCUCCUCGCCAACGGCGUCUUCUCCUACCUUAUAUCCAGGUUCGCCGCCUUCUUCGGCCUGGCGCCGCCGUGCGCGCUCUGCUCCCGCCUCGGUGUCGACAGCCUCUUCGAGCCCCACCUCCACCGCCGCCAAGGCAUCGGCGGCGGCGCCGAGCCCCUGCGCCGUGUGCUGUGCAACGCACACUCUGCGGAGGUGUCGCGCCUCGGGUACUGCUGCGCGCACCGGCGGCUCGCGGACGCCGGGAACAUGUGCGAGGACUGCGCGGCGGCGGCGGCGGCGGCGCCCGGGAAGGCGCUGCUGUCGUGGAUGGGGCGGAGCGAGCUCGGUGAGCGGGACCUCGCCUGCGCCUGCUGCGGCGUCGCGCUCGAGAGCGGCUUCUACUCGCCGCCGUUCUUGCUUCCCAGGCCGUCGCCGCCGCGUGGCUCGGAUUGUGGCCGCAAGGAAGAGGUCACAGCAAGUCUGAAUGGAGACGUGGUCUUUGUGUCUGAGGACGGCCCUGUGAUCGAGCUAUUCGACGAGAAGCCAUUGGUGGAGGAUGACUCAAUCGGUGUCAUGGCUCAGUGUGCUGAGAUUGUUGGCAGUGUUGAGCGGUUGGUGCCUCUUGAAUCCAUUGACUCGUUGGCCAUCGGCAUGGCUGCAGUUUCAUCUCAAUCCGGUGGUGAAAGGAAGGAGUUGGUUGAUCAUGGGGUUGUAGUGUGGAACGACGUGGUCCCGGAGAACACAGGUAAUGCCAAUGAGGAGAAAUUUGUGAUGACAUCUGAUGAUGACAAGGUGGAUGGUGUGCUUGAUCGGCUGAUUGAAGAACAGAUUGCUGCCGUAGUCCUUGCGCCAACCUGUAUGGAAGGUAUAUUUGAUGAUGGGAUAAAUGCAAGCGAAACUGUGGAGGGCUUUGCUGAUCAGCAGUUUCCUGAGGAGGUCAGUGGAUUGAAAGAUAAUGAUCUGAAAAUAUCAAUUGGGGAUGAGAUAUCUGAGGAUGAACAAGUCGAACAGGCUGCUCUAGAACAGGAAUUGUAUACCAUGCCGGAAGAUCACAAGGACCAUGAAUUUGUCGAGAAGUUAGACAGAAGUACUGAGGUGGAGAAUUUUCAACAGGCUGAGUUAAGGAAUAAAUUGGGCUCUAUGCCAAUGGAAGUUGUUGUGCAUGUCGCCACGACUUCAUAUGAGAAUACUGAGGAGAAGCAGGUUCAACAAGCUGAGCUGAAUCCUGAGUUGGAUUCAGUAUCACUAUGUACUAGGGAGCAUGCUGAUGAUGAACUUGAAAGGAAGAGAACUGCACAGGCUGGGGUGGAACAAGAAUGCGAUUUUGUGCCAACUUAUUCCGGGGAACAUGUUUGUGUGACUCCGUAUGCUCAUACUGAUGAUGAACAGGCUGAGGUGAAGCAGAAAUCAACUUCUGUGACAGCAGAUGCUCUGGAGUAUGUAUCCGACACUUUUGAUGAUAACACAAUCACAGGGAAAGAAGAUACUGAAGAGGAUCCAACAGAAGCUUCUCUACCAAGCUUACACCAAAUUUGUUGCGAACCUUUGACAAACUUAGACAAGUUAUCUCCUGAUCAUAGUGUUGUCGAAGAAGAGAGAGCUCCUGAUACGCCAACUCAUAGUCAAGGUAUAUGUGAUUCACAGGAAUUGCUGUAUUCUAAAGCAGUGACUUCUGAUACUAAGUCUGUAGAUUCAAGCAUUGCUACUACGCCUACUGAUCUGGAAAGCACUGAACUGGCGAGUGUCAAUCAACUAAAAUCUGCUUUGGCAGCCGCACGUAAGUCAUUGAACACCCUAUAUGCUGAACUCGAAAAUGAGCGGAAUGCAGCAGCUAUAUCUGCUGAUGAGACCAUGGCAAUGAUAAACCGCUUGCAAGAACAGAAAGCUGCAAUGCAGAUGGAGGCGAUUCAGUACCAGCGGCUUAUGGAGGAACAAUCGGAGUAUGAUCAAGAAGUGCUGCAGAGGCUGAAUGAGUUAGUUGUGAAGAGAGAGAAAGAGAAGCAAGAUCUGGAAAGAGAGCUUGAACUGUAUCGCCACAAAGUUCAUCUCUAUGAGGCAAAGGUGAGGAAAAUGUCCAGGCACAAGGUUGAUGACCAGAAUGGGUCGUCCUCAGCUUCAUCAAGUGCUGAGUACAGUGACGACCUUUCACAAAGUUUCUAUGAAGGUGAUGAAUCUGCCCAUGGUCUUAAUGGAAGCAAUGGGAGUAUUCCGACCGAUAUUGUUCUACAAGAAACUGCUAGGCAUCUGGUUACACUUGAUGACUCACUAGCUGAUUUUGAGGCAGAGAGACUCUCCAUACUGGAGCAGCUUAAACUGCUAGAGGACAGGCUUUUUGAUCUCGAUGAUGAAGAACCUGAUAACACAAAGAUGGACAAGCAUUUCUCAGAAGAAAACCAUUUAAUGGGUGUCUCAAAUGGAUUCUCUGAUGACGAUAUCAGCUUUAAACUUCAUGAUAAAAGAAAAGGUGUAAGCUGUAGAGGAAAGAAGCUCCUCCCACUGUUUGAUGAUGCUACUGUGGAAAAUGGAAACAUCCAUCUAACUAAGCAAGAUACCGAGGCAGAUCAUUCAACAGAAGUCACAUUAGAACUUGCUAGAGAGCAAGAUAAACUUGCAAUUGCUAAUGAAAUUGAUCAAGUCCAUGAGAGGCUGCAUGCUCUGGAGGCAGAUAGGGAGUUUAUAAAACAGUGUGUGAGGUCUUUGAAAAAAGGAGGUAAGGGGUUUGAUCUUCUUCAGGAGAUCUUACAGCAUCUUGGAGACCUGAGACGGAUUGAGCAGCAUGCAAGGAACUCCAGAGAGCUUUCGCCCCGUUAUUUGCAUCCUUACAUGGAUUAAAGAUCAGCUACCGAGUCCCGUGCUCAUGUCCGAAGAUCAGACGGAAAAUGGAUAUCAUACAACAACGAUGAAAAAAAAAGAAGAUGCCGAUGACUAACUAUUAUUGUCAUUCAAGAAGUUUGGUUCAUGCCUGGAGGAAAAGGAGCUCCUCUUGGAGUGCUCAUGACAGUCGAUUUGGCAACGCCAUCUGGAAGGCAGAUCAUGGAGCAAUUUUGCCUUCCAAGGUCCAGCAUUUUUGUGGACCACUUCCCACGUUCUUUUUUUCGGUUUAGUUUUCUUGGGGUGCUAAACCUUUGCUCAAGGGCAUUAGGGUGGGCGAGCCGCCCCCAUGGGGUGUCAGGGUGUGUUUGUGGCAGAAAUCAUGUCUUGUGGAAGCUUUGGAAUCCAUUGACAUGAAACAUGCCAUUGCGAGCUUUGGUGCCAGGUAUAGAGCGAGUAUAAAAGGCUUUUGUUUUUAAAAAGGUAAUUCUAGUGGGGCUUCUCUAGCUGUUCCUUUUAUUCUUUUCCUGUAUAUUCUCUAGCUGUAUGUACUGUGCUUUUGUCUUUUGGAAUGGUGAGGUGCUGAGUGCACAGCAUAAUUGUUUGUUUGAUGAGCA